GAAACAACGAGUUCGGAAGUGACGCCACCCAAAAACCUCGUGCAAAGCGUGUCCGUAGCAGACGAGGCGGAAAAUAGCACGUCAAAAGCGGAGGAGCAGACAAUGACCGGCGCGAAAAACAUUCAAACGGCUGAAAGCACGAGUACGGGUGGUGCUCUGCAGACUGUUGAAAACGUGCGAAAAAAGUCUUCAACUCAGCUGGAGCGUACGGUCGGAAUCGAGACUGGUCGUGAGACCCUGAUCGAAAUCGAUAAGGAUGGCAAAGGCCUCGGUCUAAGCAUCGUGGGUGGAUCGGAUACAGUGCUGGGAACGGUCGUGAUUCAUGAGGUUUACCCGGACGGGGCGGCCGCCAUGGACGGGCGUUUAAAGCCAGGAGAUCAAGUCUUGGAGGUGAACGGAGUUUCGCUGCGUGGCGUCAGUCAUGAACACGCCAUAUCGCUGUUACGCAGAACGCCCGCGAAGGUCAGAUUGCUGAUCUACCGUGAUGUGAAUCUGCAGUUAUCACUGCUGGAUCCGACGCAGAUCUAUAAUAUUUUCGAAAUGGAGCUAACCAAAAAGCCUGGGCGGGGCCUAGGCCUAAGCAUUGUGGGCCGCAAGAACGAGCCUGGAGUCUACGUGUCGGAGGUUGUGAAGGGUGGCGCGGCCGAGGCGGACGCACGCCUCAUGCAAGGCGAUCAGAUUCUGGCUGUGAACGGGCAAGACGUGACAAAUUCAAUGCAGGAAGAUGUGGCCGCUAUGCUUAAGACAUGCACCGGACGCGUGGCACUACGCGUGGGUCGCUGGAAGCUCACGGAGACGGCGAAUCGCGUGCACGCGGCUGCCGAGGCGGCCUAUGCCUCAUCGGAACGAUUGGCCAAGGGCACUUCUACUGAUAAUAUUAAUAUAAAUAAUGAUAGAAUUAAUAAUAAUAUUAAUAAUAAUCAAGAUGAAUCUAUGCAAUGUAGUGGUACAUUUGCGUUGCAAUCUGCAGGGGCUGGUCACGAGGAGCCAAAGCAAGUGCCGCCCCCUCCCGCGCCGAGCAGACCAACGGCCGUCGUGCCGCAGGUGACCGUCGAGGGGGGCGUGGCCGAGGCAUGUCACCAUUCGCCCAACUUGAUCCACUCCGACCUAUCGCCGGUCACCGAGGAGCCGAGCAGUGGUGGGGAUCAGUGGGAAAUAGGUAUGAAUAGUAGCAAGAAGAGUUAG